CAUUUUUCCCAGUCUUUUGCAGUUGAGCUUAGCAAUUUCCCCAACAAUAAUGUAGCAAAACUCCAAAAAUUUCCCCAAUGACUUGUAGCGAAAUUCCAACAAUUUCGUCAAUGACCUAUAGCAAAAAUCCAACAAUUAGCAAAAAUCCAAAGAUUGGCUAGGUAGCAAGAGACCCAGCAUCAACGCCCAACGACUUGUAGCAAAACUCCAAAAAUUUCCCCGACGUUGUGUAGCAAAAAUCCAAAGAUUGGCCAGCUAGCAAGAGACCCAACAUCAACGCCAUGUCCAAGCUCGCACCUCCAGUCUAUCUUCUCCACUCGAACUUAUCUUAUUCAGCUAUCUUCUCCAUCUUCGGCCACACUCGAUUGUCACAUAAGAAGGUAUGGAUACUUUUGUUUUGUAGGUUGGAAUUUCUUGGUUUGAGUUGAGCUGUUAGAUUUUGUUGGUGUUUGAGAAAUGGAACUAAUAGCAUUUUAAAAUUUUGAAAUCUUACUGGGAAAUUGGAUUUUUGCAUCAAUUAAUUUAGUUAUGAGAUAUAAGAAAUUCAAAACACUAUUGAAAUUGAAUCUUUUUUUUUUUUUUUUUUGUGCAGAAUUGUAAGAUUUCCUUUUUAAUUAGUUCGUUCAUUUGUACAUUUUAGUUAACCAAAUAUACUGGACUUCUGCCCUAAUAUAUUCGAUGAUGAAAGUUUUGGAAGAUCGGUACACAUAUCCACUAAAAUGAGUUAUAUGUUUAAUCAUAGUUUAAUAUCAGUUGAUGACAUAUAGUAUUUACGUUUUGAAGAAGGCAAGAAUGUGGAAGAUGAUUUGUUCGUUGAAUAUGAAAAUGAGAAUGUGGAAGGCAAUGUAAAUGUUAUGAAAGAGGAAACUAUAUGAAGAGAUGAUUAUAUUGUGCUGAGGUUGGUAUGCAAUUUAAGAAUAAAAAAGAAGUGUACGAUUUUUAUGCAAGAUAUGCAUAUAUAGUGGGUUUUCCAAUUAGGAAGAGGAGUUCAACGAAGGAUGAUGAUGGUGUUUUAAGAUAUGUCACGUUGACAUGUAGUCGGGAAUGACGAAGAAACGAUAAAACAAGCAAUUCUAUAAAGCCAUAACCAACAAUUCAGACAAGUUGUAAAGUUAGAAUCUCUGCAUCGUUCGAUAUUCGUGGUUACUAGAAAAUUAACAAAGUCCACCUUAACCACAACCAUAAGACAAGUCCUACUAAGUCCAGGUUGUAUCGAUUUAACAGAGAAUUAAGCGCACAUGUGAAACGAAAGCUUGAAGUAAACGAUAUGGCCGGUAUAUCAUUCCACAAAAGUUUUAACUCCGCAGUUAUUGAAGCAGGAGGCUAUGAGAAUAUGACUUGCAUGAAAAAGGAUUGUCGGAACUAUAUUGAACAAAUAAGACAACUAAGACUUGGCAAGGGUGAUGCAAUAGCAAUAUAGUCUUACUUUUCUAAAAUGCAAGCAUAAUGCCCGGGAUUUUAUUUUAGUAUUGACUUAGAUAACGAUUCGCGUCUGAAGAAUCUGUUCUGGGCAAACAAUCGAUGUAGGCAAGCACACAAUGAGUUUGGGGAUAUUGUUACAUUUGAUACUACUUACCUUACUAAUAAGUACAAUAUAUCGUUCGCUUCUUUUGUUGGCGUGGAUCAUCAUGGAUAAUCGACGUUGCUAGAUUGUGGUUUGGUAACGAGCGAGGACACGGAUACAUUUGUAUGAUUGUUCAGGACAUGGUUUUAGUACAUGCAUGAUCAAGCUCCGCACGGAAUAAUGACUGAUAAAAUAGGGGCAUGCAUAAUGCAAUUCAGAUAGUCUUUCCGAACACGAAACAUACAUGAUGCUUGUGGGAUAUUUUGAAAAAGUUUCCAGAAAAGUUUGGAUACCAUGUAGAUAAGUCUUCAAUAUUUUCGGCUAUACACACUUUGGUGUAUGAUUCACAGUUCGUCAAAGAAUUUGAGAAUGGUUGGAAAUUGGUGAUUAAUACAAAUGACUUGCAUGAUAACGAUUGGUUGUCGAGAUUGUAUGAUAAUAGAGGUCACUGGGUCCGUGUUUCUUGAAGACAACUUUCUAGGCUAGGAUGUCAAUGACGCAAAGAAGUGAGAGUGUAAACAUUGUCUUCGAUGGUUAUGUGCAUUUCAAGACAUCAUUGAAACAAUUUGUUGAACAGUAUAAACGAGCAUUGUGGAAUAAGGUUGAGAAGGAAUUUUAGGCUGAUUUCAAGUCUUUCUCUUAGAUAGUACCGUGUGCAACAACUUAUGAAAUGGAAAAACAAUAUCAAAAAGUGUACACCAUUUCGAAGUUCAAAGAAGUUCAAGGUGAAUUUACAAGGACGGUUUAUUGUGAUCUUAUAUCCACUUCAGAUAGACAUAUGGGGACGACGUAUGAGAUGUAUGAAGAAGUGUUAUUGGGCGAUUGAUAAAAGAAAAAAAAAUGUUUCUAGUCUUAUUCAAUACAGAGAAAUGUGAGAUUAUUUGUAGUUGUAACUUGUUCGAGUUCCAAGGAAUAGUAUGCAGGAAUGCGUUCACAAUGUUGAUUCGUAAUGACGUAACUAUAAUGUCGGAUCAAUAUAUAUUGCGGAGAUGGAGGAGAGACAUCAACAGAGCACACACAAAAGUCGCAGUUAAUUAUGAUGGAUUGGUUAGUACUCUAGGACAAUUGAGGUAAGAUGACAUGUGUCAGGCAUUCGCCAAGGUGGCAGACCUUGCAGUUGAUGAUGAAAGGCGAUAUCCUGCGAUCAUGGAUUGGAUAGAAAUUCAAAAUAAAGAGCUUAGUUUGGCGAAACCGAGUUUAGAUAGUAAUACUAUAUCGCAGUAUACUGUCCCCUCAAGAUCUUGUGAGCGAGAGCAUCAAGGAUCCGAAAUCGUUAAAGACAAAACGGGAACUAAAGAGAAAACAAAUAAAAGGCCCAUUGGAGGCACGAUCGGAUCGAACCAAAGUAAAGAGACCAACAUCGAGACAUUGUGGUAUGGACGAUGGUGUACCCGAGGUUCCACCUCCUCCUCAACAACAACAUUCCAUGCCGAUGUCGUUCUCAUAUUUGCAACUCCUAUUGGUCAUGCGAUACCAUACAGCUAUCCAUAUUUACCGCAUCAUGAUGGGACCAUUUGAAUUCAAGCGAACAGAUAAACAAAGUGGACGCAUUUGCUUUUUUAUAAAUAGAUGUAUGGGUUGCUAAAUGAGAGAAAUGUUAUCAUUCCUUUACAAAAUGUGUAUGAUAAUUCCAAAAAAAAUCAUUCAUUUCGUUCAAGUGUAAUUUGUUGGACAAUUAUUUUAGUGUUGGAUAUUAUGUUGUUCCGCUUGAGUUUUGUUUGCAACUAUGCCUUGUUCUUGUA